GAUGGAAGUGGCAGAGUCAGAGGUGGAGGCAGCAGCCCUAGAGUUCCUGCCUGGGGUGGAAGGUAUCCUGAAGCCUAUAAGCCUGCAGGAGGAGGCAGAACUGCCAGCUAAGAUCCUGGCUGAGUUUGUGAUGGACUCCCAGAAGAAAGACAAGCUGUUCUGCAGUCACCUUCAGGUAGUAGGCUUCUUGCAGAACUUUCUGGCUCAGGAAGAUACUGCCCAGGGCUUGGACCCCUUGGCUUCUGAAGACACAAGCCGACAGAAGGCAAUUGCAGCUAAAGAACAAUGGAAAGAUCUGAAAUCCACUUACUGGGAGCACGUGGAAGCCAUCAAAAGUGCCCUGACCCAGGUCCUGAUGAAAACAGAAGAGGCCCAAAGGAAGCAGACACAGCUCAAAGAAGUCCUUGAGCAGCUUCAGGCCAAGAAGCAAAUGGCCAUGGAGAAACUCAGAGCAGCCCAGAAGAAAUGGCAGCUGCAACAG